AUGCAGAAUAACUUCAAAAUGUUGCGGUCAAUGAUGAAUGUGAACGGAUGGGCGCUCUUUGUUCUUGUCCAUUACUUCCAUCUCAUGCUGCACAGCCACAUAUUAUGUCCCGAUCACCACACGAUUCCAUUCGUCCUCAUUGCUUGUGGUAAUGCCUUGUUGGUGGUUGCGGGAGAGCAAAUGCACAAUUGGGUAGUCAAAAAUGGUUUGGCUUUAGCGGAUGGUCAUUUAGGGCCGUUAAUCCGAUUCUCUGCAAAGUGUCAAGUUUUGGAGGAUGCUCGGAAGCUGUUUGGUGAAAUACCUAACAGAGAUGUUGUUCAGUGCAAUGUACUUAUUAGUGGGUAUGUCGACGUGGUUUGGCUUUGGAAGGUUGGAAAUUUUUUUAGGGUAUGUUGGUAUCUGGAAUGGAGCUGCUGA